CAUUUGACUGUGUCGUGGGGGACCUAUUGUGUAAGCGCGAAGGGACCGCGUGUAGAGGGUUGCUUCCAAAAAAUCAGCCCGCGGGUUCGAUCAGCUCCGGGAAAGAGAAAGCUCAAAAUCCCGCCCCGAAUCGGUUCGAUCUCUAAUACACCCCAGUGACCACUAAAGAUCCAGUGACUGUGAGUAAGUGUGUGCAUGCGUGGGUGUGGGUGCGUGUGUCAGCUCGUGAAGUCGUGCGUGUGUGUGUGUGUGUGUGCAUUGUAUGUGCCCACAGGAGUACGUGUGCAUGGUGGCAUAGUGAUUGGUAGUGAUUUGUGCACGUCAAAAUGACGGUCGGCAUCACGAGCACGCUGCAGUUCAUUGCCGGUAAUUCGGCUCAGUACAUGAAACCGCAGCAACAGCAGGAGCAACAGGCGUCAGUGGGAAGCUCGAGCCACUCGGCAGCAGAUAACAACAACAAUGAGCUGGAGGACGAUCGCACCGUGAGCAGCAAGGAUCUCGACAGCUAUCUUCAGCACUACAACCGCUGGCAGCAGUCCGCCUGGGGCCGGAAGCUGACCGAGCUGGUGAAGCGGUACCUUGGCUACGAGUUUGACGACGAGAUCAAGUGGAACAAUGUGCUGAUGAUCGGUACCUUCCACGUGAUCGCGAUAGCGUCCUUCUUGCACUACGUGUUGCAGGCCACGCUCGUCACGUAUCUUUGGGGUUUCUUCAUCGGUGGUUGCGCCGGAUUCGGCGUGACUGGUGGUGUGCACCGCCUCUGGUGUCACCGCUCGUACAAAGCGAAGCUGCCCCUGCGCAUCAUUCUGAUGUGCUGCUACUCGAUCGCCGGCCAGAACACGAUCUACGAUUGGGUGCGGGAUCACCGCAUCCACCACAAGUACUCGGAAACGGACGGUGAUCCACACAACGCGAACCGGGGCUUCCUGUAUGCGCACGUCGGCUGGCUGAUGCUUCGGAAGCACCCGGAGUGCAUCAAGAAGGGCCGCCUGAUCGAUAUGUCGGACAUCGUCAGUGAUCCGGUUGUGCAGUUCCAUCACAAGAAUUUUGUGCUGAUGAAACUGCUGUUCUGCUUCUUCCUACCGACAUUCAUCCCGUGGUACUACUUUGGCGAGUCGUUCCUGAUGUCCUUUUUCAGCCAGUGCUUCGUCCGGUACGUCCUGAGUCUGAACUUUACCUGGUUGGUUAACAGUGCCGCUCACCUUUACGGUCACCAUCCGUACGACAAGCGCAUCAAUCCUGCGGAAAACCGUGCAGUUUCCGUGGUUGCUAUGGGCGAGGGAUGGCACAACUAUCACCACGUGUUCCCGUGGGACUACAAGGCGGCUGAGCUGGGCAAUUAUUCUGUCAACGUGACCACAUUCUGGUUGGACGUGUUCUCCAAGAUCGGUUGGGCGUACGAUCUGAAGGAACCAUCGAAGGAUCUGGUGCGAAGGACGAUCGCGAAAUACGGCGAUGGCACACACAUUACCGCCCGGAUCGGGCACAUGGAGGAGGUUCCGGCACCGGACGACUCCUAACGGACGUCGUGUUCAUCGCAUGCCAAAGUUAUCCCCACAGAUAUUGCCCUCUUUCACCCAGCUGUCAGGUUGUUGUUUUUUAAAAAAAAGCUACUUUACUUUAUAAUAAACAUCUCCUU